UCUCUCUGAGCUUCUCUCUGCUUCAUCAAGCGAGCGAACGACCCACCGCUACUCUGCUCGGAAGAACGGAAAGGAAAAGAAAAGAAGAUGGCCGUCUCUGUCCGCCUCGGCUCCUCCCCAUCCAUCCUUCUGCUCCCGCUCCUCUUCCUCUUCACCAUCCCGUCGCUCGCCUCCGCCUGCGACCGCUGCGCGCGCCACUCCAAGGCCGCCUACUACACCUCCUCGCUCACCCUCGCCGCCGGCUCCUGCGGGUACGGCACGGCGGCCGCCUCCUUCAACGGCGGCCUGCUCGCCGCCGCCGGCCCGGCCCUGUACCGGGGCGGCGUCGGCUGCGGCGCCUGCUUCCAGGUGAGGUGCAAGGACAAGAAGCUCUGCAGCGGCGCCGGCGCCAGGGUCGUGGUGACGGACCGCGCCAGGAUGAGGACGAACCGCACGGACCUGGUGCUGAGCAGCCCGGCGUUCGCCGCCAUGGCCCGCCCCGGCAUGGCCGCGCGGCUCACCAAGCUCCGCGCCGUCGAUGUCGAGUACAAGAGGGUGCCGUGCGAGUACAGGGGCAAGAACCUCUCGGUGCGGGUGGAGGAGCGGAGCCGCGCGCCCAGCGAGCUCGCCGUCCGGUUCCUCUACCAGGGCGGCCAGACCGACAUCGUCGCCGUCGACGUCGCGCAGGUCGGGUCGUCGAGCUGGAAGUUCAUGACGCGGGAGCACGGGCCGGCGUGGAGCACGCGGCAGGCGCCGGCGGGGCCGCUGCAGUUCAGGGUGGUGGUGACCGGCGGGUACGACGGGAAGUGGGUGUGGGCCGACCGGGAGGUGCUGCCCAGCCGGUGGCGCGCCGGCGAGGUCUACGACACGGGGGUCCAGAUCACCGACGUCGCGCAGGAGGGCUGCUUUCCAUGCGACACGCAGGAGUGGAGGUGAAAGCAGGCAGGCUAGUAAACAAACAAAGAGCCAAAGAAGAAGCUGAUGGCUCCUCGUUUUGGCCGGGCUAUGCAUCACAGCACAAGGCCACACCACACCAGAGAUGAUUAGUUUAGUCUAACAGUUAACACCAGAUGAUGACUCAUAGGGUCCUCCUGAUGAUCCAUCGGCCACUUUUGCUGCCGCCGCUCGUUUUCUUUUCUCUUUGUUUUGUGAGCCUUCUGUAUGUACAUGAGCUGCUGACGUGAAUGAAGAUAAGUAAAUUAAGUAGAGCAUCUC